AUGUGUAGGCGGGCGGUGAUCCAGACGGCACAGGCUAUUGCUGCCAGUGACCCUCGCCGAGGAGCUGAAGAACCCGUAGAUCGUGGCAAACGUGUACAGCGAGGCCAGGCUUUUCGACGUGGUUGCGUAGCCGAGCCACAGGGCGAGGUCCGAGAGCGCGAUUCCCGCAGACAUGACGAUCAUCACGUUGAACGGCCCGAUCUUGUCGGCGAUGACGCCCGGGAUGAAGCGGCCGGCAAAGCCUAUAGCGUUGACGAUGGUCAGCAUCAUGUUUCCCUGUGUUUCCGUGUAGCCAAUGUACACUAUAAAGGAGGCAUAGUAAGUCAGGGAGCACACGAGCGACACUUCGGUGAACGCUCCGCCAAGCGUGCAAAACAGGUACUUUGGGUCUUUGAGGGCCUUGAAGUCGAUCGACCGCUUGCUCAUGAAGUAGACGUUCUUGAUCACGAGCUUGAUUUUCUUUCCAAGAGGCAGCUGCGAGUCUGUGAACGGCGACUCGGGCCGCAGUCUUUCUUUGCUCAGGGUGAAGGAGACGACAAGCAGGCCGGAGCAGAUAAAGGCAAGGAUUCGCAUGGUCCACUUGAAGCCGACCGUCGUGUACAGCUUGUUGAGAAUCAGCGGGAACACCACGCCGCCCACGGACCCGCCGAGGGUGGCAAUUGCAAACGCACGGGCCCGCUUUUUCAUGAAAUAGUGCGACACCACCCCUCCGAGCGGCGACAUCAGGAAGCCGAGCGCUGUGCCGGCAAUGACACCAAACACAAGCACAAAAGCAGCCACCGACUCGCACUCGCCCGUGAGAAAAAGCCCUAA